AUGAUAUGCGUUAAAACAAAUUUUAUCAAUUAUGGAAUACGUUUAUUACGCACUGAAUCCUUUGUUUCGUCCUCAUCAUCGUCACCAUCAUCAGCAUUAUUGUUACGUUCGAACAGGUCAAUAUUAAAUGUAUAUACUGUAGAUUUUAUGCUUCCGGAUGAAUUACCUCAAGGUCAUUAUAUUGGCAACAUUCCAAAACAUAUUCCAAAUUUUCCAUUUCAAAAUAUACUCAAUUCGUCAGUUAGUACUACAUUAGUUGAUUCCAGUGGAUUUUUAUUACAGUUAUUUCGUGUAACAGAUAGUGGUGAUUUUUAUACACAAACUUUAAUUGAUCGUGAUAGUCAAGAUCAUUUAUGUGGACCAUUAAAUUGCUGUCAUUUAAUUGUUUGUAAUUUAACUGUAGAUGUGCUAUUUUUUCAUCCAAUCACUGAAUCAAUUACAGUACAUGUGAAUUUACAAAUACAUGAUGCUAACGAUAAUUCACCUCAUUUCACACAACAAACAUAUUCAUUAUGGAUACCGGAAGAUAAUCGACUUAAAUAUACCGAUUUGGAUAUUCAAAAUAUGCAUAAAACAAUAUAUGGAUUACCAUUAGCUACUGAUGUUGAUUCUGCACCAAAUGGUGUUGUACAAUAUCGUAUACAUGGUAGUUUACCUGUUAUAUCAACAUUCCAAAUUUAUAGUAAUUUAAGUAUUGAAAAAUUAGGUCUUUUAAUUAAACCAGGUGUAUUUCUUGAUUAUGAUAAUGUAAAUCAACGUAUAUUCAAAUUAACUAUUGAAGCAAUAGAUGGAGGUCAUCCAGCUAGAACUGGUCGAAUGCUUGUACUUGUACAUAUUACAGAUGUAAAUGAUAAUAUACCUGUAUUUAAAAAAUCUAAAGAUUCUAUAACUGUGGCAGAAAACACUAUAUUUGAUGAGCCAAUUUAUAAAAUACAAGCUACUGAUUUGGAUUCAGAUGAUAAUGGUCUUAUAAAGUAUACAUUGUCAUCAGCAAAUCCAAAUACUCCAUCAUCUGUUAUGGAGAAAUUCACAUUUCAUUCCACUACUGGUGAAUUAUAUGUUCGUGAUGUUUUAGAUUAUGAAACAUUUCAAGAAAGACAAAUAGAAUUAUUAUUCACUGCUUGUGAUACCGGUGAUCCACCACUUUCAUCCACAGCACAAUUAACAAUUUAUUUACAGGAUAUCAAUGAUAAUCCACCACAAUUAAUUGUACAAUUUAAUAAUACCAUCAAAGAGAAUAGUGAACCCGGUCAACUUGCCCUACGUCUUAUGAUUCGUGAUAAAGAUGAGGUAUCACGUGACAUGAUUACAUGUCAUUCUGAUCAUUCGAAUAUUCAAAUUCCAUUAAAAAUGUCUAUUUCCUCAGAUAAAACGAUGAUAACAGUCAUUACGACUGCAUCAAUUGAUUACGAAUUAACACCGAGAUUAUAUUAUUCAAUAACAUGUUUAGAUGAAGCUAGUCCAAAACAAAUGAGGCAAUUUAAUCUUACAAUUUCUAUAGGUGAUAUCAAUGAUAAUCCACCAAAAUUUAAAUCAUCUACAUUUUCUUCAAAAAUAGGUCAUUAUAAAAUUUUACUAAGUGAAGCUGAACCAAUUAAUCAAUUAUUAUUAAUUGUAACAGCUGAAGAUGCAGAUAGUGGCGAAAAUGGACGAGUUACUUAUAGUCUAAUGGAAAUAGAUCAUAAUGCAGAAACAUCACCUAAUAAUGCGUUACAAUACUUUAAAAUCGAUAGCCAAACUGGCAGUAUAUUUCUUAUGAAACAGUUAGAUUACGAACAGAAUGAUUUAUUGCGUUUUAAAGUAUUAGCAGAAGAUAAUCCUAAACCAACUGAUGGUGUACGUAUGAGUUCUGUGGCUACAGUGAUUGUACAAAUAUUAGAUGUUAAUGACAACGGACCAAAACUGAUUAGUUCAGAAACUUUGAGUAUAACUGAACAUUCACCAGUUGGUACAGAUUUAGGUUUAUUGAAAUUUACUGAUCCUGAUACAGGACCUGGUGGUCAGAUAGCACAUAUCACUCUGACUGACUCAUUAUCAUUAACUAAGACAGGUGAGAAACACACAGUACAAAAUAAAUGUAAUCAUUUAAAUGAAGGUACGCAUUAUUUUAAAUUAACUGAUAAUGCCCAUUUAUUAUCUGUACAAUCGAUCGAUCGUGAAGAAUGCUCAAUAAUAUAUUUACCAGUAUUCGCUGUUGAUCGUGGUCUACCAAAUCCAAUCACAAGCACUACGACAUUAUCAAUACAUAUACUUGAUAUCAAUGAUAACAUUCCAGUAAUUGAGAAACCAAAAUUGGGUGAAACAGUUAUUUAUCAACCGAUAAAAUUGAUUGAUUGGGAUAGUGUGUCGUUUUAUCAAUUAACAAAGAAACAUGAUAAAAUUUUAAAUCAUAAACUAUUGAAUAAUACAUACUUAAAACAAAAUAUCAAUGAUAAGAUGUCACGAAAGUAUAUUUAUUCAAGAGUAGCCUUUCAAAUACAAGCGAAUGAUUUAGACGCUGGCGAAAACGGACGCAUCACGUAUCAACAGAAUACCAGUUGUAAUGGGUCGAAAUACUUUCAUUUAGAUGAAUUUUCUGGAGAGUUUCGAGCACGCUUUAUUGAUUAUCAGAAAUUAUCAACUCCUGAGUUAAUUCAAUCGGAUGCUAGACGUGGAACUUAUCAUCUAUGUGUACAGCUGACUGAUAAUGGUAAGCCACCGUUACAAACAAACACGUGGUUUUAUGUUAAAGUUAUUGAUCCAAUCCUACCGCCUAGUGUACACAACAUGUGGCCAGCUGAUUCAGCAAACGAUAUGGAAUUAUUAUUUCCAAAUUUUCAUAAUUCAACAAAUUCUCUAUGGUCUGCACAUUUUUUAGAUACAUCGAAAUCGGAUGCAGUACGUCUACCUAUUGAUAUGAAUAUCAGUAAUAUUGUGAUUUCUUUGCUGUUGGCAAUUUUCGCUAUCACUGUUAUUUGUACAUUGACAGCUGCAAUAUUGUGGGCACGUUCUAAGCGUCGAUUAAAAAGGGCCCAUAGAAAGAGUGUAGGAUCUAACUGUAUAAAUAAUGCUGUCAUUAACUAUAGUAACCAAAAUACAGAUCACACUUCCAAAUCCAUGUUAUCAAGUGAGAAUACUCAACAAGAAAACAAUCAAAAUAUAAAAAUCUCUCAGAUAAAUUCAAAAUCUAAGCUUAAAAGAGCAUACCAUUCUACUAGUACUGACAAUGCAAUUGAUCAAGUUCAUGAUAAAAGUUAUUAUUACAGUAAUUGUGGUAGUAUAUCUAGCAAUGAAAAUAGUAGCAUGAAAGGUAACAAUCCAUGUGAAAAGUUAAAUUUCAACUCUGAGACCAUAAAUAAUUUACAUGACAAUGAUAUCAGUAAUAAUGAUAAUAAAAACAUCAACAAACCAAGUAGUCAAACUAAUGUAGUCGGUAUCAAACCUCCCAAUUUGUAUGCAUCAUCGGUAGGGCAUAAAAAUGAAUUUGAAAAAAAUAAAUCUAGGAAACGAUUUUCCACUGGCUUAUUUCAUAGAAAUAAACUUACAAGUGUUAAUGAUAAUAAUUAUGUUGCAUUAGAUAAAAUUCGUUAUACUUCAGUACAUUCUGAGCAACCACAAGAACGUAAACAAACUGGAGAACAUAAUGAACCUAACGAUCCCGGGAAUUCAUAUCUUCUACCAUGUGAUCUUAUUUCAGUAUGCACCAAACAUAAUUACACUGAUAAUGAUGAUCACAAUCAGAGUAAUAAUGAUAACAAGAAAAAUAACUUUUCUACCAGUAAUACCGGUGAGACAGCAACUUGCUGUUCUGUACAGUCAUCAAAUCCACUAUUGAAAUAUUCAGAAAAUGAUAAUUUUCAUUAUUUACAUUAUGGACAAGAAACACAAUCACAUGAACAAAUCACACAGUCAAAUCAACAACAUGAUCAAAUAUAUUCUUUGCCAUGUGCAACACAUUUUGUAACAAUAGAUCCUAAUAAUACUGGACUUCGAUCUAUGAAUACUAUGCAUUCGAUGAAUGAAAAAAAAAUUAAUUAUCACACCAGUCUACCCUCAGAAAACAUGAUAACAUGUUCAACCAUUCCGAUUGUCAGCACACUAUCCAGAGGAUGUCCAACUCACGGUCCACACUUAAUUUUACAUCAUGAUGAACAUAGUAACUUUUCGACACCGACAAGAAUUUAUGCAGUCAGUUCAGUAUUAGAAUCAUUUGGAACUUUUACAACAACUAUAACAACCUCAACUACUCCAACAACCACAAAAAUACUAACUGAUCAAACACAAACUACUUACGAAUUAAGAUUAGAACCAAUAUUAUCCGAUAUUAAGUUAACACCAACAGCACUAACUGCAGAUGAUGGUGGUACUGGAAUUGAAAAUGACGACAAUGAGCAUCGAAUAAAUAACACAGAAACGAUUUCAUGGAUUCCUGUUUCAAUACUCACUGACAAUGUUACCGCCCCUAUACACAAUUCCAAUUUCUUUUGUAAUGAAGAUAACUGAUCCAAUGACAGUUACCCAAUGUUAGAUCAGUGCGGAUGAUCCUAGUACAUAUUGUUGCUAGUCUUAAACGAUCUAUUUUUGUAAUUACUGUCAACUGUCAAGCAGUAAUUACUCCUCAGUUUACAGAAGUAAUAAGUUUCGAAAUUAUCCCUGCAGAAAAUUACAGUGUGUGAAAUGAAGCCAGCACUGAUCGGGGACAAAAGCUUUAAUAUUAAUUCCAUUUUAUAUGGAGAAUAGUCUCAGAAAAAACACUUUGAAAACUGCAGAAAGGAAAUCACCUCUAGAUUUAUAUAAAUAUAUACAUAUAUAUAUGGUAGCUC